AUGUGUGCGGUUAGCAAGUCCCCAAGUUUGUCUGGUGCUAAUGCACUGUGGAAUUUUGAUUGGGCGCAGACCGAGACAGGAUUUUACCGUGCUGCUGUUAUUGAUAAUGGUGGUGGUGGCGUAGGUAUUGCUGCUGCUGCUGCUGAUGGCGACGGAGGACGGGGUGAAAUGAGAAAACCAUAUGGCAACACUGAAUUCGGUUUGGGGUCUGGCACACCAUAG